AUGUGGGUGGCAAGAUGCUCCUACAUCAAGAAACUUCUUGGAUUAGAUCCGUUCCUGCAGAAAAUGGGGACGCGAGACAGCGCUUACUAUGGUAGUGGUCGAUUUGCAGCCGAACAUUGGAUACUUUCACAUCCGUCAGUUCGGCCGUGUGAUUUGUAUGCGAACUCAUCCUAUUUGUACGGAUACAAACGGAUUCCUUCGAUGGAAGAGCUGACAACCAACCUCAAAUUGGCGAUGACUCCCCGAUUCUCUUUGUAUCCAACGCUCAAGGAUUUUGAAGGCAGGAGAAUUCUCAAGAGCUAUCCUUCAUUUGCUGAGAGACUUGAUGAGUACAAGAUGCUCUAUGGGUCAGAGAAACCAGAUCCGGAAUGGUGGGGAUGGCAGUUCUUCAAUGCAUCAUCGAAAGGCAAUCACUCGCUCCCUCCUCGCAUUUUCUCAUUUCGGUAA